AUGCGCGGCGCGCGCGGGCGAGGGCGGACGGUGACGACGCGCGCGCGCGCGCGGCGGGGCGAACACGCGCGCGCGCGGGCGAGUGACGUCGAGCGACGACGCCGAGGGGACGACGCGUCGCGCGAGACGAGACGGCGGGAUCUGCUCGCGGGUGGUGUCGGUGUCGGCGCGUCGGUGUGGUUGCCGGGAAGCGCCGAGGCGCGGGUGGACGCGUCGCGGGCGAACGCGCGCGCGGUGCCGACGACGGAGACGCCGCUGCGCGGGACGCGCCUGACGCCGUCGCGCGUGAUCAAGGGGUGCUGGCAGUUGAGCGGUGGACACGGGGGGGAUCGUGACAGCGACCGAACGAAGGGUGAUGCCGCGGUGGAGGAUUUUGAGCGCUUCGUCGAGGCCGGGGUGACGACGUUCGACACGGGACCGGAGGCGUGCGGAUACGGCCCGAGCGAGUUGAUCAUCGGAGAGUAUUUAAAAAGUCCCGCGGGACGAAGACGGGCGAAUGAGGUGAAGGUUUUCACUAAACUAUGUUGUGUCGGUCGUGAGCAGUACGGUAUGACGAAGGAGUGGGUGGAGGCGAACGUGGAUCGGCCGAGGAAACGUUUGGGCGUGGACAAGCUGAACAUGGUGCAGAUGUACUGGAACGACUACGGCAGUAAGGGCUACGUCGACGCUGCGCUGUAUCUGACCGAUCUGAAGCACAAGGGGAAAAUCGACGCGGUGUCGCUCACGAAUUUCGACACGCAACGCAUGCGAGAGAUGGUGGAUGCUGGGGCGGAAAUAUCGACGAACCAGAUUCAAUACUCUCUGCUCGAUCGACGUCCGGAAAAGUACAUGACGAAGUACUGCAAAGAUACGGGCAUCGGUUUGCUCCCGUACGGCGUCGUCGCCGGAGGUUUGCUAGCGGAUAAGUACCUCGACGCACCAAAGGGAGAGUUCCGAAUCAACACCUCGUCCCUUCGUAAGUACUCGAGCGUCCUCGCAGAGGUCGGGGGGUUCGAGUGGUACCAGAGUUUGUUGAAAACGCUACGCGCGGUGGGCGAUAAACACGGCGGUGCGAGCAUCUCGAACGUCGCCUCGAAGUGGGUUCUAGACUCACCGGUGGUGCCCGCGAUCAUCAUCGGAGCGCGAAACGCGAGUCACAUCGACGACCACCGCGCUCUUUUUGAUUUCGAUCUCGAUGACUCUGACCGCCGAGACAUCGAGAGCGUUCUCGAGAAGGGUUACCAGGCCAAGGAGGAUGCGUACACUUGGGAGCGCGGCGGACGUUGGUGA